GUGAAAAUGCUUCAUUCAUUGUAUAUUUUCAUUAGUAUAGUCCCGAUAGUCAUUUCUACACUUUCAUCAGUUGAUAGUGUCAUUGCGCAGUUAAGAGGUGAAAAUACAAAACUUUAUGAAUUAAUUGCUUGUGAAAAGAAACGUAUAGUAGCAUAUCGAGGAAUGGAUCAAGCUAAAGAUGAUCAAUCACAAUACACUAAAGAAUAUUGUUGGAGCAUUUUAGACUCUUUGCCAACAGCUGCGGAUUAUCUCAUCAACCCUUUAAUGAAAAAACAUAUGCAGGUUGCUACCCUAAAUUAUGUUUAUGUAAAACACCGGAUACUGCAAGAUAUUUUGAAUGUAGUCGAAGAAAAUGAAAAAUAAAAUAUCAAUUAAAAAUAAUAGAAUUUCUGUGAAAAAUAAUAAUAAUGAUUG